AUGCGAGCAAUUUACAAUUCCGAGGGAUCCGACCAGAGUAUAGCAAUGGCGGUGCACAUAAGCAACUGUCCAGGGCGCACAUUGGCCUCCAGAGAAGCCGCCGACCGAAGCCAAAGCAGGGAUGAUGAUGUGACAGGAGCCGAAAAUUCCACAGCAUACAAGCACGACUGCUAUACAAACAGUUGCUCUCACACUAACGUGCGCAAGGAAACGUGUGACAAAACUACCUCGGAAUUGGAUACUGCGGUAAUCAUCCGAGCACAUAACCACGAGGAAUUAAUUCAAACAAGUAUCAUUACAUUAUUUUCACUGGCUGAAUCUGCGCUGAGGUAA